AUGACAUCUUUAAUGUCGUCAUUAUCUGCUGCUACCAUUGAAGAAUCAACAUCAUCAGCCAGUAUCAAUACCGAAGCUACCAUUUCUUCACCUGCUAUUGAGAGCUCUGGGGCCGAUGUAUCUGCUUCUGUUUUACCUGUUGGUUCUGAAUCAACGGAAGAAACCCAAAACAUUUCCGAAUCUUCUAUUCCACAAAGUUCUGGUGCAAACGAAAGUUUUGUUUUGUCUCUGAGUGCUGUUACUGCUGUCUCAAUUACCACUAAAUCAAGAUAUGAAAACGGUAUUUCUUCUUCUGCUUCUGUUGAAACUGCAUCCAGUGAAUUGGAAUCUUCAAUCCAUAUCAAUGUGUCACUGACAGUCUCUUCUACUACAUUGGCAAGUGUUCCAACUCCAGUCCCAACACCAAGUUCAGAUGAAGCUACCACAAAUGGUCCAAUUCAAAGUUCAAGCGAAUCAAAUGAAUCAAGUGAAUCAAUUGCUAAAAGUGAAAGUGAAUUUACUACUGAGAUAUCAGUUAGUGAUCAUACUUCAACUAUCAUAUUUACGACUGGAUAUAAUAAUGGAACCGUUGUUCCAUGGAGUUCCACAUUAAUUCCCCAAAUUUCCAAGCCAUCUUCUUCUCCAAGCUCAGUUCCAGAAAUUGUUACAGGAUAUGAAGGUUCUGCGUCCUUUAUUACAGUUUCAUCAUGGAUGAUUGGGUUAUUCUCUAUUUUGUCUUUUGUAUUCUAG